ACCCGUCACCGCUUUGAAAUUCGGGUCCGGUCGGUCAUUUUCCGAACCGCGAAUAUAAGCGCAUGGCCUCCACUCUCUCACUCUCAUCGUCUCUCCGUUAUUUCCUCCCCCCAACGCGUACAUCUCACGCGCCGGUGAUCCCUCUCUUCGCGUCGCCGAGACUCCGACCGCGCUCGAUCAAACCCCUCCGCGCGAAUCUCAAGACCCCGAUUUCCGCAUUGGGAUCAUCAUCGCCGUCGGCGUCGUCAACGGCUGGGAUGGCGGGUCAGAACAAGAAGAAGGUGGAGGUGUUUGACUCGGAGGAGCAGCUGGCGGUGCAGCUUGCGAAGUACACCGCCGACCUAUCGGAUAAGUUCUCCAAAGAGAGAGGCGCCUUCACCGUCGUUUUGUCCGGUGGCUCCCUCAUCAAGGCGCUCAGGAAAUUGUGUGAAGCGCCGUAUUUGGAUUCUGUGGAAUGGGGCAAGUGGCAUGUGUUAUGGGUUGAUGAGAGAGUGGUGCCCAAGGAUCAUGAGGACAGUAACUACAAGCUUGCUCUUGAUGGGUUCCUCUCUAAGGUACCGAUUCCCGCGGGCAAUGUUUAUGCCAUUAAUGAUGCACUUUCAGCUGAGGGUGCAGCAGAUGAUUAUGAGACUUGUCUCAAACAUUUGGUUACCAAUGGUGUGCUAGCCACUUCAAAAGCUACUGGGUUUCCAAAGUUUGAUCUUAUGCUUUUGGGAAUGGGUCCAGAUGGGCAUGUUGCUUCUCUAUUCCCCGGUCAUCCUCUUGUCAAUGAGAAGGAGAAAUGGGUCACCUUUAUUAAGGAUUCACCAAAACCACCGCCAGAGAGAAUUACUUUUACAUUUCCAGUGAUCAACUCGUCUGCAUAUAUUGCAAUGGUUGUCAAUGGGGCUGGUAAAUCUGGUGCUGUGCAGACGGCUCUUGGAAAUAGUGAGAACUCUGCUACUUUGCCUGUUCAAUUGGUUGCACCUGAAGAUGAAUUGACUUGGUUCUUAGACAAGGAGGCUGCUUCAAAGCUGUAGAAAGGAAAAUUAUCUAUAGGCUUGUGAGUUAUUGCAUCUGAUAUAUUUGUACAAUGUUGAUCAUGUAAUGUGUGCUUUGCAGCAGAAAUCACUGUGAUUCACUGCUGGCUUUUCUUAGCUACUGUAACAGUAAGAAGUGGUGACCCUUUUUGGUCCUCCUGGUGUUGCAAUAAGAACUAAAAUAAAAUGGUGUGUUCCAUUAUUCAGUCAUGAAUAGAACCUUGUUCUCAUCUA